CCCAUUCUUCUUCCUCAUCCAAAGUGCUUUUUGCUUCCAAGUUCUCAAAUCUGUGUUUCUCAUCAUUUCCACUCUUUGUUUUUUGCUUUCUAAUUCUCGAAUCUGUGUUUCUCAUCAUUUCCUUUUUUGCUUCCAUAUUCUCAAAUCUGUGUUUCUGCUCAUUUCCUUGUGUUGUCUCAAUUAAGGGAAAAAAACAAAAACAAAAAAAAAACCUGCAAACUUUGUUUUAUUUCUGAAAACCAAACUUUCUGCAUACCUUGAUUUCCACUUGGCAAAAGAAACAGCGCAGAGGAUAGUUGAGUGAAGCUACUUAUUUCUCUCAAGCUCUUUUUACUUUCUGGUAUUCACAGACAGAAACAGAGACUAUCAACAAAAAUGGCCGAAUAUGUUGCCCCUGCUGUUGUCAAAAUUGUGGCAGACCAGGCAAAGGAAUACGCAUCACCCUAUUUCGGUUACUUUUUCUCUUAUGAAAAGAUUGUUGAAGAUUUCACGAAUCAACGAGAAGCACUUAAAUCGAGGAAACAGAGGGUGGACACUCAAGUCGAUGAGGCUAAAAGGCAGACUGAGAUCAUCUAUGAUGACGUUGACAACUGGCUUACAAGCGCUGAGGAAGAACUGAAAGAAACCCAGAACUUGAAAGAUGAAAUAGAUCGCGUCAAGUGUUUCAAAUGGUGUCCUAAAUGGGGCUGGCGAUAUUCCUUAAGUAAGAAACUGGCAGAGAAGAUUCCUAUGAUCUCUAAACUUUUAGAGACUUCUAACUUUGAACAGGUGGGCUAUCGUCGUCCUCUUCAAGGAAUGGAGUUCAUCACAUCCACUGGUUUCAUGGAAGCUGAAUCUUCAAAAUCAGCUUUCAACCAGAUCGUGGAGGCUAUAAAUGCUAAGGGUGUCAACAUGAUCGGACUGCACGGAAUGCCAGGAGUUGGUAAAACAACUUUAGCCAAAGAAGUUGGGAAGCAUGCUCGAGAACAAAAGUUCUUUGAUAAAGUUGUGAUGUUUACUAUGUCCCAAAAUCCAGACAUCAACAAAAUUCAAGGUAAAGUUGCAGAUAUUUUUGGUUUAAAUUUGAAACAAGUAGCCAAGAAGGAAAAGCAGAGGAGCUAUUCAGGAGUAUGAAACGCGUGAACAAAAUUCUCGUAAUUGUCCACGACCUCUGGGAAGAAUUCAAAAUGGAGAGUAUCGGAAUUCCAUUCGGUGAUGAACACGAGGGUUGUAAAAUUCUUCUGAUUACACGUCGUCCACAAGUCUGCACUAAAAUGAACUGUAAGGAAAUUCAACUUGGCAUCUUAUCCGAAGACGAAGCAUGGGUUUUAUUUCGAGAUAAAGCUCGUUUAGAAGAUGAUUGUUCCACCUUGAAUGAUGUAGCCAAAGAGGUUGCUGCUCAAUGUAAGGGAUUGCCUCUUGCAAUUGUUGUCGUGGCCAAUGCUUUAAAAGGUGAGAGUUUAAAAGGGUGGAGAGACGCAAAUCAGAGAUUCAAGGACUCAACGCAUUUGUAUGAUGAAGAAGUCCUCGGUGGUGUCCUCGAGCCUCUUAAGCUUAGCUACGAUUACUUGAAGAAAGGCAUUAACCAAAUGACGGGAAAUCACAUCCAAAUGUGUUUCUUACUGUGUUCCCUUUUUCCUGAAGAUGAAGAAAUCCUUAUUGAGAUACUGAUUAUGUGCGGAAUUGGAGUAGGAUUGUUCCCUAAUUUUUCCUCGAUUGAAGAUAAAAGGAAGAAAAUUGUUGAAGCACUAAAAAAAGUCCAAAAAUCUGGCUUGUUAUUGGAAACUGAUGGUGCAGAUACGAUUAGAAUCCAUGAUGUGAUUCGAGAUUUUGCUCAUUGGCUAACAUCAACGGGAGAAAAUAGGUUCAUGGUAAAAGAUACGUUGGAAAAAUGGCCUCAUAUGGAUGAAAGUUAUACUGCAAUCGCUUUAUGGAAUUGUAGUAGUAUCAUAACAAAAUUUCCUGAUAAAGUGGAAUUUUCAAAGCUCAAAAUUUUGUUUUUAGAGGGUGGGAGGAAGAGGAACCGAGCUUUCCUAGUGGUUUUCGGUACAUUUUUUGAAGAAAUGAAAGCCCUCCAAGUUUUACUUCUCCAAUGUGUCAGCUUCCCACUGAAAGGAUUCCCUUCCUUACCAAAUCUUAAAACUUUGUGGUGUCAUAAUUGCAUGCUGAAAAACUUCUCAUCAUCACUGACAAAUAUGAGAAGCCUUGAGAUUCUUGCGUUGAUUGGCACUGAAAUUGAUGAGAUAAGUGAAGAAUUAGUGAAGUUAUCUGCACUGCAAUAUAUACGUUUGAAUUUACUAAGGCGCAUACCUAAAUAUUUUAAUUAUUCUCCAACGCACGAUGAAGGAAUCAUUUUCCCCCCUGGCUUGGAUUUAGGUCUUUCUGGUGUAGAAUUUGAAGAAGAAAUGAAUAUCCCCCCAAACUUGGUAUCAAGGUUGACUUCACUACAAGAGUUACAUGUCAUACACAAAAAUAAUCUCAACUUAUUGGAGUUGAAGUCAUUGCCUUGUUUAACUGCACUAUCAUUGAGACUUUCUACUAAUCAAAUUCCUCUAGAAGAUUUUGUGCUCCCUAAACUACAAAGGUACGCUAUAGCAGUUGGAGAAGAUUAUAGAAUCAAUCGGGAGGCGUUUAGAAGAUUGGAUAUUCAAGAUUUCUCAUCUUCAUUAAGUGCAUUUAACAAUUUAUUUUGCAAUGUGGAAGAGUUGAAUUUGAGGAAUGUUGGUGGACAAAAGAAUAUUGUGCCAAGCAUAGAUGAAAUGGGAGUAAAUGAGUUGACUUCUCUGCAGCUAAAAUCUUGCAAUGAUAUGGAAUUCUUGAUUGAUACAAAAAAGGAUCAAGGGUCAACUGUUGCAUUCUCUAAUUUGGUGGAAUUAAAUAUAGAAAGCAUGGCUUCUUUGAAAGGGUUGUGCUAUGGUCUUUCUCCGACUAGGUUCUUGCAAAACCUUAAGGAAGUGAUCAUUAAUGGUUGUGAGGAGUUACAAGUGAUAUUUCAAAUAGAUAAACCAUUAAUGCUCUCAAAUUUGACAGAAUUGAGCCUACAUUCAUUGCCGAAAUUGAAGAGGAUAUGGGAAGUAAAGCCAUCCCAUCGUGCAAUUGCAAGCCUCCAAAGUCUAAAGGUUGUGAGAAUUGAAUAUUGUGAUAAUCUGAAAACAAUCUUCUCACCUUGCCUGGCUUUAAGUAUGUGGCAUCUACAAGAACUUUAUAUAAGGUACUGCGAUCGAGUAGAGCAAGUCAUUGGUUUUGGCGAAGAAGACGAGAUUAUUGAGAAUGAUUGUCUUCUUUAUUGCUGGCCGAAAUUGGAAGUUCUUUGCAUAAAAGAUUGUGAAAGUUUGAAAUAUAUUUCUACAAACACUUUGAUUCAAUCCUUGAAAUGUGUUUACAUAGAGAAUUGUCAUCAACUUAUACAAAUCUACAACACGGAACAAGACAUUGUGCUUCCUGAACUUGGAUCACUGAAUCAUUGCUGGACAAAACUGAAAACUCUCUGGGUAGUGGAUUGCCAACUAUUGAAAUAUGUGUUUGCAAACACUUUAUCUCACAGAUUUCCAUUGUUGGAAUCUCUUUACCUAAAGAACUGCCCUCAACUACUACAAGUCUUCAGUUCGAGAGAAGGAAGGGAUGUGAUUGGUGAUCACGUUCUACUUAAUGUGCCCUUUUUGAAAAAUUUAGAAGUGUCAAAUUGUCCCCAAAUCUCAUGCUUCAUUGUACAAGCUCAGCUCAUAGAGAAAUUGGUUCUUCGUAACGUGGGAAAUAGCCGCCAAUUAUGCAACACUGAUGUUCCUAUAUUGAAUGAAGGUUGUAUAGUAGUUGGGAAUCAUAAAGAAGUAUUUCAAGUUCAAGGCCGGUACUCGUUCUCAAGUAUAGAAAAAUUGGAAUUGAUGAAUUUAUUAGAAGUGCGGGUUAUAUGGAACGAUUUUGCUCAAGUUGUAACCCUUGAGAACCUUACAACUCUAACACUGAGAGAUUGCAAGAAGCUAGGAUAUAUAUUUUCACCUAUGAUGGCUCGCAGUUUAUCACAUUUGGUGGAUCAUUUCAUCCUGGGGUGUGAGGAAAUAAAACGACUCAUUUUAGCCAAGGAUCAAGUUUCUUCAUCAUCAUCAAAUGGUGAUACUAGCCUCCAACCUAUGAGCUUUCCAAAUUUGACUCGGAUCGUUGUUACAGAUUGUAAAAAUUUGAGCAGUCUCUUUCCUUUUGGAUUUGUUCCUGUUCUUCCAAAGCUUGAAAGGCUCAUAGUUGAAAGGAAUUCUAAAUUGGAACAAGUAUUCAAAUUAGAAGAAAAAGUGGAAGUGGUAGCUGAAGAGGAGAUGAAAUUUGAUAAAUUAAAAAGGUUAUCACUUGAAGAACUACCUGGCCUCAUUCACUUUUGUCCCAAAGGAUAUCAUUCUGUAUUCCCAGCAAUGAUAGAGUUGAAAGUAAGAGAUUGCCCUAAGUUGACUACUGGUUUCUUCAUUGAUUCACAGGAAUUUGUACAUUGCAAAACAAAGGUACCUCAGUUGGUUGAGCAAGAUGCGGUUGAGGAGUCUACCACUGUUCGAAAUGCAAUUUUCAACGAGAAUAUAGAUUGGAGCCGAGGAGGGGGUGAGAGUCAACUACCACACAUUACAUGAAAGAAUGGAUGAUUUUAGGGUAGCUUUCAAAGCCAUGUUACAUCAGUAGGUGGAGCAAUGUUGCUCGGUUGUUUUUAGUGUGAUAGAACAUAACUUUUAGCGGCAUUUUUCCCACAAAUGCCGCUAAAGAACAUAACCUUUAGAAAAGUUAUUUUAAUUAAAUAAUAUUUAUUUAUAUGAUAAAA